CUCGCGUGGGGUGUCCACGGGGGACGUGGUGACGCUCUUUGCCAGCGGCCGUGUCGCCUCCAUCAGCUCGCUGGUGGCCAUGGCGACGCUGCUGGUGACGCUGCUGGUGCUGGUGCUGGCGCUGGUGUGCACCGUGCGGAACAGACGGAGCCCCGGCAAUCGUCCCGCGAUGGAGCAGCCAGCGACCGCCCCGAGCCUGCUCCCUGACAGUCCCGGCAGCCACCACCACCACUGCGACCACCACCAUCACCGCCGCUGCGACCACGACCACCACCACCACCAUCACCACGGUGGCGGCGGUGGAGGAGCAGAGCUGGCAACUCUAGAAUCCCGCCCCCGGCCCUGGUUGACAUUGCCAGAUGAAAGCCGCUCACCGAGUCGUCUCCGCACCAACCCGUUCACCUCCUGCAGGGUGACCGUGCGCUGGCCGCGAGACAGUGACCACCUCGCGUGGCACGCGCGACGUGCCGGGUUCCAGCUCGAGCCGUGACGACGACGCCCGCCGCUGUUGGCUCGGAGUUGGCGGCGUCCGUCUCUCCGCGUGGCGACGUCCGUUCCAGAGGAGAAUGAAUGAUGUUUUACACGGCAAGUUAUACAUGUGUAGUGUUGUAAAGGACGGACUAAUAAACCUCUUUAUGGCACACACAGUUUAUUGUCUUAAUGACACAGUCCCUAACACACACAAGGGUUGUACGGUCCCCUCACCCGUUACCCUGAGGAGGUACAGCCUCCUGACCUGCACAGCUCACACUUCACUCCUAAUCUACGGAGCUACAGCCUCCA